AGAGUGACAGUUAUCCAAAUGGCUUCUUUUGGGUGGAAGAGAAAGAUUGGUGAGAAAGUGUCAAAAGCUACUUCACAACAGUUUGAGGCAGAAGCUGCAGAUGACAAGGAUCUGGCUGAUGAUGAUGAUGCUAACUGGGUGCAUGCAUCUAAGAGAAGAAAGGAAAUUCUCUUAGAAGACUGUGUAAAGAAAAGUAAGGAGCUGAAGGAUGAAGGUGCAAAUUUGGCUGAAAAUAGGAGGUACCGAGAGGCUAUUCACAAGUGGGAUGAAGCACUUCAGUUAACUCCAGAGGAUGCUACACUUUAUGAGAUGAAAUCACAGGUCCUGAUGUCUCUGCAUGAAAUGUUCCCAGCAGUGCAUGCAGCAGAAAUGGCUGUCCAGAGAAACCCACGUUCCUGGGAUGCCUGGCAGACUUUGGGACGUGCCCAGCUUGGAUUAGGAGAGAUAGCGCUGGCAAUCCGAAGUUUCCAGGUGUCCUUGCACAUCUUUCCAAUGAACCCUGAAGUAUGGAAAGAAGACCUUUCCUGGGCAAGAAAACUACAUGAACAGCAGAAGGCAACAAAGGCUGAGGCAGUGCAACCACUGUCAAAAGAAAAAGAGCUUGUAGAAGAUUCACUCCCAGAAUAUGAUUUUGAAAGUGAUGAAAUUGUGGCAGUCUGUGCUGCCAUCGCAGAGAAGGAGAAAGCUCUGUCAGCAGCUAAAACGGCAGUGAUCGUGUCUGCUUCAGGCACAGUACAGACUGUUACUGAGAAGGAGAAUUGUCCUACAGCUCCUGAUGAAACCCUUUUCAUCAGAGCUCGAUAGGGCACCCGUUUGGGUUGUUAACGCCUUUUUAAAAACUACUGUUAUUUAUUGUAUGGGGCUUGCUUUGGUUUGGAGUUUUUCUUUAAAGCAGUGGGAGAGCCUGCAAAAGCUAAAGAAUUUAAGUUAUUUUCUUUUGGCAAUUGAAAAAGCAGUGACCUAAAUUGUUCCAUCCAUAUUUUUGGAGAAGAAAGCCGAGAGUUGCUUCUAAAAAUCUUACAAACAAAUGUAAUGUUAAAAUGCUUAACUGUAGUCUAACAGCAGCCUUCAUCUUCAUAUAUUUCAUAAUUUUACAAGUUAAUGUCUACAUUUUCCCAGUAAUUAACAAGCUUUUAUUUAAACUGUUUUAAAA